AAAAAAAAAAAAAAGCAAAAAAAAAAAAAGCAACCAAAAAUAAAAGAUAAAAAAUAAAUUUUAUUUUUCAAUAAUGACUAAAAUAAAAAUAUCUGCAUAAGCGCUGUAUCAAUAUACAUUUUGGGCCCAAUAAACAGGAAUUAACUACUUAGUUUAAUUUAGUUACCGGUUUGUUUUCAUUAUAUUAUUUUUUUACAACUUAUAUCAAAAUUUUUCAAUUGAAUCAUCUGCAACAGUUAAUUGUUACUAAUUUUAUAAAUAUAAAUAUACCUGAAAAUUCUCCAUGAUUUGGUAUUUUUCAAUUUUUCAUGUUUUAUAUUUUUAUAAUCAUCAAUUCUUUUGGGUUUGACUUUAAAUACAAACUAAAAUAGAAUAUUGAUAAUCUUAUACAAUGACUUCAGCUGAUUAUAUUCCAUUACCGCAAGCUGCAGGUUACGCUGUUGUGGUUGGGUUAGGUGCUGUUUUUGCCCUUGGUAUGAUGCUUACUACUUACGUCUUGAAAAGAUAUAAUCGUGAAAUUAUGACUGCAGAAGAAUUCGCUACUGCUGGUAGAUCAGUUAAAACUGGUUUAAUUUCAGCUGCUGUUGUUUCAUCUUGGACUUGGGCUGCUACUUUAUUAACUUCUACCACUCAAGUUUAUAAUAAUGGGGUUUCUGGUGGGUUUUUCUAUGCUGCCGGUGCAACUUGUCAAAUUACUCUUUUCGCUUGUUUAGCUAUUAAAGGUAAAGAAUUAGCUCCAGGUGCUCACACUUAUUUAGAAAUUGUUAAAGCAAGAUAUGGUACUGUUACCCAUGCUGUCUAUUGUUUCUGGGGUUUUGCUACUAAUGUUUUAGUUACUGCCAUGUUAUUAACUGGUGGUUCUGCUGUCGUUAAUGAUUUAACUGGUAUGAAUACUGUAGCUGCUUGUUUAUUAUUACCAUUAGGAGUGGUUAUUUAUACUUUAUUCGGUGGUAUUAGAGCUACUUUCUUAACUGAUUAUGCCCAUACUGUCGUUAUGAUUGUUAUUAUUUUAAUCUUUGCUUUCUCAACUUUUGCUACUAAUAAAGAUUUAGGUUCUCCCGGUAAAGUUUGGGAAGUUAUUACUGCCUUAGCUGAAUCAAAUCCAAAGGAAGGUAAUGCUGGUGGUUCAUAUUUAACUUUAAGAUCAAGAGGUGGUGGUAUUUUCUUUGUUAUUAAUAUUGUGGGUAAUUUCGGUACUGUGUUUUUAGAUAAUGGUUAUUUCAAUAAAGCUUUUGCUGCUGAUCCAAGAGCUGCUUUACCAGGUUAUGUUCUUGGUUCUCUUGCUUGGUUUGCUAUUCCAUGUUUAAUUUCUUUAACCAUGGGUUUAGCUGGUUUAGCUUUAGAAGGUACUCCUUCAUGGCCAACUGCUCAACCAUUAACCGCAGCUCAAGUUUCUGCUGGUUUAGUGUUACCAAACGCCGCCGUUGCUCUUUUAGGUACUGGUGGAGCUGUUUGUUCUUUAUUAAUGGUUUUCAUGGCUGUUACUUCUGCCAUGUCUGCUGAAUUAAUUGCUGUUUCAACUAUUUUCACUUAUGAUAUCUACAGAAGUUAUAUUAAUCCAGCUGCUACUGGUAAACAAUUAAUUUGGGUAUCUCAUAUGUCAGUUAUUGCUUAUGCGUAUAUUAUGGCUGGUUUUGCCAUUGGAUUAUACUAUGCUGGUAUUUCAAUGGGUUAUCUUUAUGAAUUAAUGGGUGUUAUAAUUGGUGGUGCUGUUUUAUCAUCUGCUAUGACUUUACUUUCUAAGCAUCAAAAUGUUGUUGCUGCUACCUGGACUCCACCAAUUGCCACUGCUUUAGCUAUUAUUUCAUGGUUAGUUUGUACCAAAGUUCAAUUUGGUUCAAUUACCGUUGAUAAUACUUUUGAAGAUAAUGCUAUGUUAACUGGUAAUGUGGUUGCCUUAUUAUCCCCAUUAGUUAUUGUACCAAUUUUAACCUUUGCAUUCAAACCUCAAAAUUUCGAUUGGGAAAUUUUAAAAUCAAUUCAAAGAGUUGAUGAAAAUGAUGAAAUUUUACAAGCUACUCAUGCUGUUGGUAGUAAAGAAACUGAUGUUGAAAUUGGGGUUCAUCCUGUAAAAUCUCAAAUUAGUGUUAUUGCUAGUGAAAUUGCUGAAACUAAAUAUAAUCAAUUAGAAGAAGAAGAAAGAUUAUUAAAUAAAUCAUUUAAAAUAGCUGCUAUUAUUUGUGUUACUUUAACUGUUUGUCUUUUAGUACUUUGGCCAAUGCCAAUGUAUGGAACUUCUUAUAUCUUCUCUAAGAGAUUCUUUACUGGUUGGGUUGUGGUAUUAUUGAUUUGGAUUUUCUUUUCAGUUGGCAUGGUUAUUAUUUAUCCACUUUAUGAAGGUAGAGUUGGAUUAUAUACUACCUUCAGAGGUAUUUAUUGGGAUUGUACAGGUCAAACUUAUAAAUUAAGAGCAUGGCAAGAAGCUAAUCCAGAAAAAUUACAUGCUGUUCAAUCACAAGUUGCUGCUCAUUUGUUAGCCACUAGUCAAAGUAGAAGUAAAGUUGUUUAUGAAGGUAAAACCAUUCAUGAUGGAACUAUUACUCCAAAUGGUAUUGAUUCUAAAUUAGAUGAUGUCAAGAAAGAAUUCUAACCGUUUUAGUUGUAACUUGCUUGAUUUAGGUUGAUAUUCUUGUUGUUGUUGUCUUUUUUUAUUUAAAUUUAGUGUUAAAUUGGUUUAAGCUGGGUCUUAAAGAAUUUUUUUACAUCUAUUCUAUUGUUUAGUUUUGUUCUUUUAUUGUGUGCUUAUGUUGAGUUUUUAUCAACUAAAG